AUGCUUCUUUUGGAAGUGCCAAUAGCUGGGGGAAAACUCUCUCCCGUUUCCCUCCCCGCGAUUUUCCCCUUGCGCUAUGCACCUAUUUCCGAGUCGCACGUCGACUUUUCCGGGGGUGAGCAAGGGGUGUUUUCUCCACAUGUUGCGGGGAUGGGCCAGGGCCAGCCAAUGUCGGUCUACGGCAGUCUGUAUGCAUGCAUUCAUUAUCUGGGGCUCCGAUUAGAGUAUGGGCAAUCAAGUGUUGCCGGCCGCGGGACGUGUGGACGGGCGUUUUGGGUUGUCUGGAAAAUCGACCUCCAUCUCAUCACGGCGCUCUUCGGGGUAUUCAUCUUCAAUAUCCUCGAUCGAUCCAAUAUUGCCAGCGCCAGAUUAGGUGGUCUGCAGACGGAUUUGAAGCUGACGGACACUCAAUACCAAACGGCUGUCUCUAUCAUGUUUGUGGGCUAUCUCCUCGGCCAAAUUCCCAGCAAUAUGGUGCUCACGAAACUCAACCCUUCACGAUAUCUGCCCGUUGCAAUCUUCAUCUGGGGCGGCCUCUCACUUGCCACCGCGGGAGUCCACAACUUCUCUCAAAUCUUCGCUGUGAGAUUCCUGAUCGGUUUCGCUGAAUCUCCAUUCUUUGCCGGAGCUCUUCUCCUAAUCAGUUCAUGGUAUAAACCAAGUGAGAUCGCACCUCGAGUUGCCCUGAUGUACUGCGGAAAUACAGUCGCCAACGGAUUUGGUGGCGUUCUCGCAGCUGGUGUCUUAAGUGGCUUCGACGGUGCAUCAGGGCUCGAAGGAUGGAGAUGGCUGUACAUCAUCGAAGGAGCAGGAACAAUGCUUACAGAACAAGAACAACGCCUCGCAGAAUGGCGCAUCGCAGCGUCCGCCAAUGGCGAGCUCGACGAGACAUCCAGCCUCAAACAGGGCCUCAUCGACACCGUCACCGACAUCAAAGUCUGGCUCCUCGUCCUCACGCAAAUCUGCCUCCUCUCCUCCCAAACAUGGACCUACUUCUUCCCCAGCAUCGUCCAGACGCUCGGCUACGGCCGGAUCCGCUCCCUCCUGCUCACCAGCCCCGUCUACGUAUUCGGCUUCUUCACCUCGCUGGGCAACUCCCUGGUCGCGGCCAAAACGGGCCACCGCGCUAUCCUGGUCAUCUGGCCCCUCUGUCUCGCCAUCGUCGACAACUCGCAUCAGACCGCCGUCCGCUACAUCGGCAUGUUCCUCAUGUGCGCAGGUUCCUUUUCGGCGUUCAACGUGCUGGAGGCCUGGGUUGGGUCCACGGUGCCGCGGACGCGCACCAAGAGGGCCAUCACGUACGCGCUGGUCAACAUGCUGGGCAACCUGAGCAAUAUCUACGGGUCGUAUUUCUUCCCGGCGGCGUCGGCGCCGCAGUAUGUACUAGGGGGCGUGGUGCUAAGCAGUUUUGCUGCGGGGGGAGUGUGUUUUGCGGCGGUUUUGGGGUUGUACUUGAGGAGGGAGAAUAAGAGGGCUGUGGAGGCGGAGAAUGAGGAUGGGGUCAUGAGGUACAAAUUCCUUAUUUAGCUCGAGGCAUGGGCGAGUGGUCGAGCGUGAGUGGAGUGGAGUCAAUGUAAGAGAGGGAGGUAUUUCCCGAAUCGGGAUGGGCUGAAGGAGAUAGACAUUGUAUACGUUUCUU